UUAACGUACACACAAGAAGCGACUCUCACUGGAGAUGAGGAAGGGAGAGAGAGCAAGCCAUUAAUGCGAAGCUCAACUACCAAUCUUGUGCACUACAAGUAGUUCACAUUGACACACACACUCUUACACAAUAAGCACAGCUCACUUUGUCUCUCUCUCUCUCUCUCUCUCUCUAAAUGAGUAAUGUAGGGUUCUGUUUGUUUGUUUGGAUUGGUUUGUUUUAGAUCUAGAAGCGAUCUGAUUUUUUGUUAUUAUAAGUGAAAUGUGGAAUUCGGCUGAAAAUGCGUUUACGAGAACGGCGUCGUUUAGGGAGGGGGGAGAGGACGAGGAGGCGCUUCGAUGGGCGGCGCUCGAGCGCCUGCCUACUUAUGCUCGAGUACGGAGAGGCAUUUUCAAGAAUGUUGUUGGUGAUCAUAAAGAGAUGGAUCUAAGUGAGCUCGGGGCACAAGAGCAGAAGCUCGUGCUUGAGCGCUUGGUUAGCUCUGUCGAUGAAGACCCUGAGCGAUUCUUUGACAGGAUGCGAAAGCGACUUGAUGCAGUACGUUUGGAAUUUCCAAAGAUUGAGGUUCGUGUUCAGAAUGUGACUGUCGAAUCUUUUGUCCAUGUGGGAAGUAGGGCCCUCCCAACCAUCCCCAACUUUGUUUUCAACAUGACCGAGGCGCUUUUAAGGCAAUUGCGGAUAUAUAGAGGAAACAGAAGCAAGCUAACCAUUUUGGAUGAUGUUAGUGGGAUUAUAAGGCCUUCUAGAUUGACCCUCCUAUUGGGGCCUCCAAGCUCUGGAAAGACAACACUACUCUUAGCUCUUGCUGGACGUCUUGGAAAUGAUUUGCAGAUGUCUGGGAAAAUUACUUAUAAUGGACACAGUCUAAAUGAGUUUGUUGCUCCGAGGACUUCGGCAUAUGUCAGUCAGCAUGAUUGGCAUGUGGCUGAGAUGACUGUAAAAGAAACUCUAGAGUUUGCAGGAUGCUGCCAAGGUGUUGGUUCCAAAUAUGAUAUGCUUUUGGAGCUUGCAAGAAGAGAGAAGUUCGCAGGGAUAAAGCCUGAUGAAGAUCUUGAUAUAUUUAUGAAGUCAUUAGCUUUGGGGGGACAGGAGACUAACCUGGUGGUGGAGUACAUAAUGAAGAUUUUAGGUUUGGACAUAUGUGCUGACACAUUGGUUGGUGAUGAAAUGCUUAAAGGGAUCUCGGGGGGGCAGAAGAAGCGACUUACAACAGGUGAAUUACUAGUUGGUCCGGCUAGAGUGCUGUUCAUGGAUGAAAUAUCCAACGGGCUCGAUAGUUCUACUACAUAUCAAAUCAUCAAAUAUUUAAGGCAUUCAACCCGUGCACUUGAUGGUACCACUGUCAUUUCUUUGCUGCAACCUGCACCCGAGACAUACGAACUAUUUGAUGAUGUUAUGCUCUUAUGUGAGGGCCAGAUUGUUUACCAGGGACCCCGUGAUGCAGCUCUAGAUUUCUUUUCAUCUAUGGGAUUUAGCUGCCCUGAGAGAAAGAACGUGGCAGACUUCUUGCAAGAAGUUAUUUCAAAGAAGGACCAAGAGCAGUACUGGUCUGUUCCCAAUCGCCCUUAUCGGUACAUACCUCCGAGGAAGUUUGUUGAAGCUUUUCACUCAUUUCUUGUUGGUCGAAGUUUGUCUGAGGAACUGGCAGUUCCUUUUGACAAACGUUACAAUCAUCCAGCAGCUUUGUCAACUUCUAAGUUCGGUGUAAAACAGAGUGAGCUUUUCAGGAUCUGCUUUAACUGGCAGAAGCUUCUAAUGAAACGGAAUUCAUUUAUAUAUGUAUUCAAAUUUAUUCAGCUUCUUCUUGUUGCAUUGAUCACAAUGAGCGUUUUUUUCCGCUCAACCAUGCAUCGUGACACGAUUUAUGAUGGAGGUUUAUUUGUUGGGUCCAUAUACUUCUCCAUGGUCAUUAUUCUUUUUAAUGGCUUUACGGAGGUUUCAAUGCUGGUAGCCAAGCUUCCAGUGCUCUACAAGCAUAGGGAUUUGCGCUUCUACCCCAGCUGGGCAUACACACUUCCUUCUUGGGUCUUAAGUAUUCCAAUUUCACUCAUGGAAUCUGGUCUCUGGGUGGCAGUCACAUACUAUGUGAUUGGAUAUGAUCCUAAUAUUACCAGAUUUUUUCGGCAGUUUUUGUUGUAUUUCUUUCUGCACCAAAUGUCUAUAGCUCUCUUUCGUGUAAUUGGAUCCUUGGGCCGUCAUAUGAUAGUUGCCAACACCUUUGGAUCUUUUGCUAUGUUGGUUGUAAUGGCUCUUGGAGGAUACAUCAUUUCGAGAGAUUAUAUCCCAAGCUGGUGGAUAUGGGGUUUCUGGGUUUCUCCUUUGAUGUAUGCUCAAAAUGCAGCAUCAGUGAAUGAAUUCCUUGGGCAUUCUUGGGAUAAGAGAGCUGGGAACAACACAGACUUUUCAUUAGGUGAGGCACUACUGAGAGCACGCAGUUUAUUUCCAGAAAGCUACUGGUAUUGGAUUGGAAUUGCUGCUCUGCUUGGAUAUACAGUUCUAUUCAAUCUUCUGUUCACAUUCUUCCUAGCAUACCUUAAUCCUUUGGGGAAGCAUCAAGCUGUGGUUUCCAAGGAGGAGCUGCAAGAGAGAGACAAGAGAAGGAAAGGAGAAAAUGUUGUUAUUGAACUGAGGGAGUACUUGCAGCAUUCUGGCUCACUGAAUGGAAAAUAUUUCAAGCCGAGAGGCAUGGUUCUACCAUUUCAGCCUCUUUCCAUGUCUUUCAGCAAUAUCAAUUACUUUGUGGACGUCCCUGUGGAGCUGAAGCAACAAGGGAUAGUAGAAGACAGAUUGCAGUUGUUGGUUAAUGUUACUGGAGCAUUUAGGCCUGGUGUGCUUACAGCACUGGUUGGAGUCAGUGGUGCUGGAAAAACCACCCUCAUGGAUGUUUUAGCUGGUAGAAAAACUGGAGGGAUCAUAGAAGGGAACAUACAUAUAUCUGGUUAUCCCAAAAAGCAAGAGACGUUUGCAAGAGUUUCUGGUUACUGUGAGCAAAAUGAUAUUCAUUCUCCAUGUUUAACUGUUCUUGAAUCGCUUCUUUUCUCGGCCUGGCUUCGGUUACCAACAGUAGUUAACAUGGAUACACAGCAGGCAUUUGUUGAGGAGGUUAUGGAACUUGUGGAGCUUACUCCAUUAAGUGGAGCACUGGUUGGUCUACCUGGAGUCAAUGGUUUAUCAACAGAACAACGGAAAAGGUUAACAAUUGCUGUUGAAUUGGUUGCUAACCCAUCCAUAGUGUUCAUGGAUGAGCCCACCUCAGGGUUGGAUGCAAGAGCUGCAGCCAUUGUGAUGAGAACUGUGAGGAAUAUAGUAAACACUGGACGGACAAUUGUUUGCACAAUCCAUCAGCCAAGCAUAGACAUUUUUGAAUCCUUUGAUGAGCUUUUGUUUAUGAAGCGUGGAGGAGAGCUAAUAUAUGCUGGUCCUCUUGGCCCAAGGUCUUGUGAGCUCAUCAAGUAUUUUGAGGCAGUUGAAGGAGUGCCAAAGAUUAGACAUGGAUAUAACCCUGCUGCCUGGAUGCUUGAGGUUACUUCUUCAGCGGAAGAAACCCGUCUAGGUGUGGACUUUGCUGAAAUUUACCGAAGAUCAAAUCUACAUCAACGUAAUAGGGAGUUGGUUGAAAAUUUAAGCAAGCCAAACAGUAGUGCGAAAGACUUGAACUUUCCAACCAAGUACUGUCAGUCAUUUUUUGACCAGUUAUUAGCCUGCCUUUGGAAGCAAAAUCUAUCUUACUGGCGAAACCCACAAUACACUGCAGUCCGCUUCUUCUAUACUGUGAUCAUUUCAUUAAUGCUUGGGACAAUAUGUUGGAGAUUUGGUUCCAAAAGGGAGAAUGUGCAAGAAUUAUUCAAUGCAAUGGGAUCCAUGUAUGCGGCUGUCCUAUUUAUUGGAAUAACCAAUGCAUCUGCUGUUCAACCUGUUGUUUCUGUUGAAAGAUUUGUUUCAUAUCGAGAGAGAGCUGCAGGGAUGUACUCAGCUCUACCGUUCGCCUUUGCGCAGGUUGUUAUUGAAUUCCCUUACGUGUUUGGACAAACAAUUAUAUACUGCACAAUUUUCUACUCCAUGGCAUCAUUUGACUGGACUGCUUUGAAGUUUAUUUGGUACUCUUUCUUCAUGUAUUUUACCAUGCUAUACUUCACCUUUUAUGGAAUGAUGACGACAGCACUCACACCAAAUCACAACGUGGCUUCCAUCAUUGCUGCUCCAUUUUAUAUGCUUUGGAACCUUUUCAGUGGCUUUAUGAUUCCUCACAAGAGAAUUCCCAUAUGGUGGAGCUGGUACUACUGGGCAAACCCAAUAGCCUGGACUCUUUACGGUCUCUUGAUUUCCCAGUAUGGCAAUGAUAAUAAACUAAUGAAGCUCUCCGAAGGGGAUCGCUUGUUGCCUGUGAAGCAAGUUCUUCAGGAAGUGUUUGGAUACAGGCAUGAUUUCUUAGGUGUCGCUGGUCUUAUGGUGGUUGGAUUCUGCGUGCUUUUUGGAGUGAUUUUCGCUUUUGCAAUAAAAGCCUUCAAUUUCCAAAGGAGAUAACAAGGUGACUAUGUUCGCAAGUGAUAAAAAUCUUGCACCUAAUUGUUCAUGCAGCGUGCCAAAGCUAAAAGAAGAACACGCUAAACUUGGGCGGGGGAAGUAGAGUGUUGCCAAGACGACUGGAUUUAAAUAAAACAGUAAAAGCAAAACCCUAAAUUCAAAUCCAACGUUACAAAUAGGAAUAUCCGUAUAUGUUGAUGCCGACAUUAUAGCAGCCCCCUCAGAUUUUUAUAUGAAUAUGACUUUAAUGGAAUGAUUUAUUUGUUUUAA